UGCGUUUUGUAAAUUAGAUUGUGUGCAUUACAUUCAUUAAACUCGAUCGUUCAAAAUUGUUGGUGUUUGUUUUGUGCCAUUCAAGUGAGUUCGGUAUACAUGAAGAUAUUAGAUUCACAUUUUCAACGAUUUUUGUGCCAUCAAAUUUAUUCCAAACAAAAUUACAUGGUCAAACACACAUACCAGACUAUGCGGGAAGAUAAAAACGAGAGAAUUGCUUGCAUAUGGUCAUCUAUUUGGAAAUUCAUCAAUACUGUUGACAAAUUUUGAGUGUGUCUUUUGAUAUCAAAAAUGGAAACAACAACAGAAGAUAUUCAAGAAAAAACUGCAGAAACAAAUCAAACGACAUCGAUAGUUGAAAAUAAUGAAGAUGAUUUGAUCACACUCAAUGGAUGCGGCAUUCAGACUAAAUGGCGUUACCCCAAAAAUAUUAAGCAUUGCAUAGUUCUCAGAUGUGAUUCGAAAUUUGGAACUCACAAGAAAGCUAUCGAUCACUAUAAGGAACAGCAUGCUGAAAAAUCAAUUCUCUGCCCAAUAUGCAUAAAACCCAUUGUAUCAAAGGACCAAAAACCUUUCAUUCGGCAUUAUGAAAGAGUGCAUCCCACAGAACAGAUACCCUAUUUCCAUAAUAAAGCAAAGCAAAGUGUUGAAAAUAACGAAGAUGAUUUGAUUUCACUGAAUGGAUGCGGUAAUAAAACUAAAUGGCAUUACCCCGAAAACAUUACGCAUUGCGUAGUUUCUGGUUGUAAACUGACAUUUAAAUCCCGGGCUCAAGCAAUAGCUCAUUACAAGGAACAACAUGCUUACAAAUCAAUUCUCUGCCCAAUAUGCAUAAAACCCAUUGUAUCAAGGAACCAAAAAUUUUUCAUUCGGCAUUAUGAAAGAGUGCAUCCCACAGAAAAGAUACCCUAUUUCCAUGAUAAAGCAAAGCAAAGUACAUCGAUGGUGAAAAAUAACGAAAAUGAUUUGAUCACACUCAAUGGAUGCGGCAUUGAGACUACAUGGCAUUACCCCGGAAACAUUAUGCAUUGCAUUGUUCUUAGUUGUAAAUUGGAAUUCAAAACUCGGGCUCAAGCAAUAGCUCAUUACAAGAAACAACAUGCUGACAAAUCAAUUCUCUGCCGAAUAUGUAUGAAACCCAUUGUAUCAAAGAACAAAAAAGAUUUCAUCCGGCAUUAUGAAAGAGUGCAUUUCACAGAAAAGAUACCCUAUUUCCAAAACUAUAAAAAAGCAAAGCAAAGUGCCGAUGAUGACGAUAUAGGCACUCCCGACAAAUAUUCAGUUUAUUGCGAUAUUUGCAAUAAACCUUUCUUCAGCAUAUUUAACAAGAGACAUUUGCAUGCACAUUUCAAGAGAUAUCAUCCAAAUCAAAAUGUUUCCUACAGACUUGGCAUGAACAUGAUUGAAAAAGCCAAGACUCAACAGAUUGCAUUGAAAAGCGCAAAUACACCGUAUAAAUUUUGCCCAUGGAAAAAGUGCUCGUUCAAAUUCAAAUCAAAUGCUGUGGGCAAACUACGUGAUCACUGUAAAGUGAUGCAUUCAAAAUUACGGUUUCCAGAGCUUCGCAAAGGACAAGAAUACCCAAGCAAAGCAUCAAUUAUUGGUGACAAAACUCCCGAGACAUGCGUUGAACAAGAUGCUGAUGGCCUAUUGACGCCAAUGCCAACAAUGCAAAGACAUCCGUAUGAGGAUUCUGAUAAUGAAUAUCAUCAUUGUAAAUUGUGCAGUCGUUCGUUUCGUAGUAUGGAUGCUUUACAUGAACACACAAAUGAAGAGCACUAUACUUACCCAACGGGAAUAAAACAACGACAAUCAACGAACAACCACUUUAUCAAUAUAACGAAUAAUGUAAGCAAGAGACGUAGAUUGGUAUGUAAUGAAAUCACUUUCAUUUCACAGGCGAUCGAGAUUUCUCAAGUGGCCAAUGAUAAUCCGAACAACAACGUCGAAGGGUCUAUAAAUGAAAUAGAUGCCCAGCAGACGACGCCAAUGCUUGAAAAUGUACAAACUACUGAAAAUUCGCAAAAUGAAUCCAGAAAUGAUGAAAGUUUCGAAACGAUUUCUCUGUCGGAUGAUGAUAACGAAGACGACGUUAUAUCUCUUUCAGAUGACAGCGAAAGUGAGAACGAAAUUGAAUUGCUUGACACAAUAGUUGAUGAUGUAAAUAAUUGUCAAGCAGGGGCACACAUCAAAACACACCAAGUUCUUAUGAUGUUUCAACCCGAAUUGGUUACCGUUGAAAUUCCAAGCGAUACAGAGCAAGAAGAACCAGAAAACCCCACAACAGCCAAACAAGUGUCUCAAGGUGAAAACAGUGAAGUAUUUGAGGAAAAAUCGGAAGAAAACAUAAUGCCAGGUGCCAUAUGGCCGCCAGAAGUUCGCCAUACAUUACUGGAAUGUAGUCACGAUUAUUUCGUGGACGAAAUCACUUUUGAGAAGCCAAAAGUACAGGAUGUUUCCAUGGAACUAAGUUAACUUAUUCAACAAAAAUAACAA